AUGGAGAAGGAUGUACGUAGAAUCGUAAAUAAGAAAGAUGUUGUAGAACUUUACGGUAAAACCGAUUGGAACAAACUACUUCCUGCCAUUAAGGAAAUACUUAUUGACUUACGAUUUCGUGAAGAUUACACGCCAGAAACACGGAAGAUAAUACAACGGGCAGUCGCUGAAAAUGACUUGAAAACAUUCACCGCCCUUAUGGAAGACAGGAACAAUUGGAAGAACGUUCCGAAAGAUAGGUUUCAGAGACGUGUUAAUUUUCUACUAAACUUUAAAGUGAAUCGCGGGCAGUUAACGUUCGACGCAGAAGGACAAGAAGGAGGAAGGUUCCACAGCCGAAUGCUUCAUGUUCCGACUGACAAGUCUGGUUUAACAAUAGGACGGGGAUACGACAUGAAAGAUAAAACUAAAAAACAAAUUGAAAAAGAUCUGAGAGAAGCAGGGAUUUGCAAGGCAAAACUGCUGUCUUGUGCUGCGGGACUUCGGGGCAAAGCUGCCAAAAAGUUUAUCAAGGUAAUCUUUCUUAUAUCGAGAAAAUAUUUCUUGUACCAAAGUAAUAUUUUUAUGUAGCUAGGUAAUAUCUUGCGGUAAGGCAAUAUAUUUUUUAGGCCGUAUCAAAGUAACACAUGUCACGUUAUGUUUUCGUUAGCUUACGACCUACAUAUUUGUGGCUUUAGCACUGGACACAUUUCCCCAAUAUUUUUUCGAAUUUCAAUGAAUCUAAAACAACACUCUGAAAAACAUUAGCUAUUGUUUAAGCCUUUUACUGUUCAUAUUUUCCUUAAAAAAUCAGUCUUUCGCAUGCUAAAUUAAUGCUUUUACCUAAUUUGCAUAUUGCUGACAUAUGCAAAUUAGGCAAAGGCAUUAAUUAGCAUGCAAUUAUUUAGGAAAAAAUGUUAGUUUUUAUUAAGCUAAAGCAAAUUGUCUGAAACUUUGUACAGUAAUUAAACAUAAUUAAAAACAUAAACGUUCUCUGACUAAAAUUUUAUUUAAAAACGAGCUUUCGACUACCUAACUGUAGUCUUCGACGGGUAAAGCGGAAUUUUUUUAAAUAAAAUUUAAGUCAGAGAACGUUUAUGUUCUUAAUUAUGUCUAAACCUGGCUACGCUAUCUCCAUAUUUUCUAGUAAUUAAACACACAACAAACUUCCAUCCAUUAACUCAAAAUAUGAUUAAAGCUUUUAAAUUCCGUGAGCAAGCCAUUUUUAAUUUGUUGGAAAAGACUAACAGUCCUGUUUCACAAGGAGUGAAGAGUGCGGGAGAUUUUUUUCAUUAUUCUACAUUUUAAGUACCCAAAGAAGCUACAUAUAUAAAAAAACUGGACACAAAUAGCUGUUUUGCGAAAUUGGAAUUAGUGAGUGUUCUCUGAAGCAAAUAACUGUUUUGUGUUUCCACAUUAUCUACAGGACAACAAACUGGAAAACUUUGAAAUAACUCCAAGUCAACAAAAGAAACUUUUUGAAAUCACUUACGAAGCAAUGGAGAAGGAUGUACGUAGAAUCGUAAAUAAGAAAGAUGUUGUAGAACUUUACGGUAAAACCGAUUGGAACAAACUACUUCCUGCCAUUAAGGAAAUACUUAUUGACUUACGAUUUCGUGAAGAUUACACGCCAGAAACACGGAAGAUAAUACAACGGGCAGUCGCUGAAAAUGACUUGAAAACAUUCACCGCCCUUAUGGAAGACAGGAACAAUUGGAAGAACGUUCCGAAAGAUAGGUUUCAGAGACGUGUUAAUUUUCUACUAAACUUUAAAGUGAAUCGCGGGCAGUUAACGUUCGACGCAGAAGGACAAGAAGGAGGAAGGUUCCACAGCCGAAUGCUUCAUGUUCCGACUGACAAGUCUGGUUUAACCAUAGGACGGGGAUACGACAUGAAAGAUAAAACUAAAAAACAAAUUGAAAAAGAUCUGACAGAAGCAGGGAUUUGCCAGGCAAAAGCAAAACUGCUGUCCUGUGCUGCGGGACUUCAGGGCAAAGCUGCUAGAAAGUUUAUCAAGGUAAUGUUUGAUAUACCGAGGAAAUAUAUAUUUCCAAGUUGUACUAAGAUUAUAUUUUUAUGUGCAUGGUAUAUGUCGUGUGGAGGUAAUAUAUUUUCUAUACACGCAUAGGAGUGUUAUGAUAUUUAAAACGCGAAUGCGCAGCACGAGAAUCUUAGGUUUUAUACUAUAUGUCGAAUUUUGGUCGCGUCGAAUGCAAUUAAAACAACAGAUAAUGAUAUAACAAACAUAUUUGCAGGGAGUUGAGUCCGGAAUUGGACGCAGCGAGAGCGGCUGCAAGUUUCCCGGACUCACCGAACGAAGCGAGGUGAGUUCGCGAAACUUCCAGCCGCACGUGUGCGUCCAAUCCCGGACUCACCGAACCUGCAAGUAUGUUUGGUUUUUAUCCCAUACACUGAGCCAUACACAUAUUUGUAGCUCUUCGCGAUAUAUUCGUCGAUGUUUUAUCAACAUUUUCCCGCCCAAAAAAUCACUGGCCUCUUAAUACUUCAUUAUCUACGUCUAGAUUACCUAUUUUUAUUCAGUGUCAAUAUGUUAGUCAACGAAAAAAGUUUUUUAAAGUUUAGGUUUAUCGGCUAAAUCUUGUCCGCCAUUGUUAUUGUUAUUGCAACGUAAGCCGUUUCGCGGGUGAGUUCGGCGAAAAGCAGGUGAGCUCGACGACAAGAUCACCUGCUCUAAACCAAUCAGAAAGCCGCUUUUAACGCAGGUAUGAGAUAAGAUAAUAAACCUCAUUAAGUUCAUUAAGCUUCAUUAUCUAUUGCUUGAAUUGCAUUCGACGCGACCAAAGAUACUUUUGAAGAUGAGUUUUAUCAGGUAUAAAAGCCUCACGGCUUAUAUUAAGGUUGACAUGAUUUGCCAAUGAACAUAUGAAUAUUAAUUAUGUUUGAAAUAUUAUUUAUUGUGUCAAAGUAAUAUUUUUGCACCAAGGUUCAAAGCAAUAUUGUUGUGUUAAAGGUGAAUAACAUGCGGUCGGUACUGCUCUUUGAAGAAGUGUGUUUACAUUUUUCUGUUGACGUUCAUUGUUUUUAUGGGCGGAAUUUGUUUUAAAUCCGAUGAUGCAUGGUUCUAACUAACAGCUAACGAGCGUUCCUCUCUUCUCUGCUUCUGAGACUCGCCAAAAUAAACAGAAGUGGAACAUGCCGCCCAGUAAUUGCGCCCGAGUUCCGCUGGGAAAGGAAACAUUUAUUAUUAUUAUUUAAACAUAUACUUAUCCACGGUAACCUGUCAGACAUAUGUUUUUCAAAAGCACUAGCAAAGUCUGAAGUCCAUCAAUCGUGGGUGCAUGGCUAUGGUUCACCGUUCAUGGUUGGCCAUCCUCACUGGUGGUCAUCCUGUCAUGAGUAGCGAGCACUGAUUGGUCAAAUUUGCAUUAUAACGACUGCAUAACGACACCGAAAUAUUAAAGUAAACAAACAUUUCUUGCAAAUAAAUUUCCUUUUUUGCAAGAUUUGGUAAAAGUGUUUUUGUUUUAAUAUUACCUAGGACAACAAAAUGGAAAACUUUGAAAUAACUCCACGUCAACAAAAGAAACUCUUUGAAAUCACUUACAAAUCAAUGGAGAAGGAUGUACGGAGAAUCGUGAACAAGAAAGAUGUUGUAGAACGUUACGGUAAAACCGAUUGGAACAACCUACAUCCUGCCAUUAAGGAAGUACUUAUUGACUUACAAUUUAUUGGAGAUUACACGCCACCAACACGCCAGAUAAUACAACAGGCAGUCGCUGGUAAUGACUUGAAAACAUUCACCGCCCUUAUGGGAGACAGGAUGAAUUGGAAGAACGUUCGGAAAGAUAGGUUUGAGAGACGUGUUAAAUAUCUACUACUUCAGUAG